GAAUAAUGUGAGUGCGCUUGGAAAGGAGACCUUCUGCUCCCCGGGCUCGGGGCAAGCGCCCGCAGGCUGCCUUCCCCGGGCUCGGGCGGUCAACCCAACAGGCUCGAGGGCUCCGGUCUGCGGUUUCCCUCCCGUCGGCUGACCUGCGUGGUGCCAAGUUCCACAUGUGAUCGAAUGACGAAGAAGGAGAUGUCAGUGAAAAGAAGGAUCCAGAAUGAUUACUAACCUAUGACUCCCAACAGUAUGACAGAAAAUGGCCUUCCAGCCUGGGACAAACCGAAGCACUGUCCAGACCGGGAGGAGGACUGGAAGCUAGUAGGAAUGUCCGAAGGCUGCCUACACAGGAAGAGCCAUUCAGAGAGGCGCAGCACCCUGAAAAAUGAACAGGCGUCACCGCAUCUCAUCCAGGCCACUUGGACCAGCUCCAUAUUCCACCUGGACCAUGAGGAUGUGAACGACCAGAGCAUCUCAAGUGCCCAGACCUUCCAGACGGAAGAGAAGAAAUGCAAAGGAUACAUCCCCAGCUACUUAGACAAGGACGAGCUCUGUGUCGUGUGUGGUGACAAAGCCACUGGGUAUCACUACCGCUGCAUCACGUGUGAAGGCUGCAAGGGUUUCUUUAGAAGAACAAUUCAGAAAAAUCUCCAUCCAUCCUAUUCCUGCAAAUAUGAAGGAAAAUGUGUUAUAGACAAAGUCACGCGAAAUCAGUGCCAGGAAUGUCGCUUUAAGAAAUGCAUCUAUGUUGGCAUGGCAACAGAUUUGGUGCUGGAUGACAGCAAGAGGCUGGCCAAGAGGAAGCUGAUAGAGGAGAACCGGGAGAAGCGACGGCGGGAAGAGCUGCAGAAAUCCAUCGGGCACAAACCAGAGCCCACAGAUGAGGAAUGGGAACUCAUCAAAACCGUCACCGAAGCCCACGUGGCCACCAAUGCCCAAGGCAGCCACUGGAAGCAGAAACGGAAAUUUCUGCCGGAAGAUAUUGGACAAGCACCAAUAGUCAAUGCCCCAGAAGGUGGGAAGGUGGACUUGGAAGCCUUCAGCCAUUUUACAAAAAUCAUCACACCAGCAAUCACCAGAGUGGUGGAUUUUGCCAAAAAGUUGCCUAUGUUUUGUGAGCUGCCAUGUGAAGACCAGAUAAUCCUCCUCAAAGGCUGCUGCAUGGAGAUCAUGUCCCUUCGAGCUGCAGUGCGCUAUGACCCAGAGAGUGAGACUCUAACCCUGAAUGGGGAAAUGGCAGUGACACGGGGCCAGCUGAAAAACGGGGGUCUUGGGGUGGUGUCAGAUGCCAUCUUUGACCUGGGCAUGUCUCUGUCAUCUUUCAACCUGGAUGACACCGAAGUAGCCCUCCUUCAGGCCGUCCUGUUAAUGUCUUCAGAUCGCCCAGGGCUCGCCUGUGUUGAGAGAAUAGAGAAAUACCAAGAUAGUUUCCUGCUGGCCUUUGAACACUAUAUCAAUUACCGAAAACACCACGUGACCCACUUCUGGCCAAAACUCCUGAUGAAGGUGACAGACCUGCGCAUGAUCGGAGCCUGCCAUGCCAGCCGCUUCCUGCACAUGAAGGUGGAAUGUCCCACGGAACUCUUCCCGCCUCUGUUCUUGGAAGUGUUCGAGGAUUAGACGGACUGGAUUUGUUCUCAUAAUUCCUACAGCACUACUGGGUGUCAUUUCAUUCCAUUGCCUAGCUCUUUUGUUCGUUUCUUUGUUUCUUGUUGGGAGGGAUCGUCUGGGGGGAAGGGAGGUCGUCCUCGGCAUAGACAUGGAUGAAACUGUCCCUUGAAUGCGGGUCCUUGUAACUAUUGCAUUUUGUUCCCCGGUCCUUCGAUGUGAAUGCU